AUGGCUUCACCACGCUCAUUUGGACGUUUCAUCGUCGCCUCUCUCCUUUGCCUUUCCCCUUCUUUGGCGAGUGCUCAGGACACCGCCAGCAAGGGCGCUGCUCUCCAAGAGUGCCUCAACACAGCCGGCGUUCGCAAUAUUGUAAGCACUGACCCGAGCUGGUCCAACGAGACGACCGGGUUCCAGAAGCGCCUCAAGGUCGAUCCCGCUGCCAUCUCCUUCCCCGACAACAACGACCAAAUUGCCCUCUCCCUGGACUGCGCUCGUAAUGCCUCCGCCAAAGCCACUGCCCUCGGAGCUCACCACUCCUUCCAGGCCUAUGGCUUCGGAGACCCGGGCAGCUUGGUGAUCAGCAUGGCUGCUUUCAACUCUGUCUCCUACGACGACACCACCGGCCGCAUUACCUACGGCGGUGGCUCCCAUGUCGGUCCAGUCCUGAAGUACCUCUGGGACACUGCUGGCCGCCACUUCCCUCACGUCCGUGGCGCGCACGUCGGUCUCGCCGGCUCCAGCAUCGGGGGUGGGUUUGGCUCCACCUCCCGCCAUCUUGGCACGCCGAUGGACAACCUCGAGUCCAUUGAGUACAUGCUGUACAACGGUACUAUUGUCACCGCCGCCAAGGGUUCCGACCUCUUCUGGGCUGCCCAGGGUGCUGGUGCCUCCUAUGGUAUCAUCCUCUCCGUCACCACCAACACCCACAAGCCGCUCUACCCCACCGCCGUCAACUUCACUGUCUCCAUCGGCAGCGUCGAUGUUGAUGCCGCUGCCAAGGCCCUCAUCGCCGUCCAGGACUACUCCCUCAGCAAGGACUGCCCCGAUGAGUUUGCCCUCCGCUGGUCUCUGAGCGCUCCUCCUUACACCGGCACCGGAUAUUUCUACGGCAAUCCCGCCGAAUUCGACACCGUUAUUGCCCCCCUCGUCUCUGCCCUCAAGGAGAUCGCCCCCAACACGACUCAGGUUAACAAGACCGAGCUCCCAUUCUGGGACAUGGAGGUCGCCGUCGCCGGCGCGGGCAUGAACCAGCCCGAGGGCGGCAGCCUCGGUGGCCGCUCUUUCUACACCCAGGCCCUGACGACCACCACCGACUACCCUCUGACCGUCGAACAGGCCAAGAUCCUCUUCGAGGGCACUACCCUGGCCUUCAACCGCACCGACCUGAGGAAGUCCGGCUUCCUUGACCUCUGGGGUGGUAUCUCCCGCGACAUCUCCGACGCCGACACCGCCUUCGCGCACGGCAAGAACCUUUGGCUGAUCCGCUGGGAGGCCAACUCCGUCGAUGUGACCAGCUACCCUGCUGACGGCACCACGUACAUGAAGAGCCUCAUCAAGCCGUUUGAGGAGGCUCUUGUUGCCGGUGGUGCUCCCCUGCGAGGAUUCGUGAACUACGCUGACACCGAGCUCACCGAGGCUGAGUGGAGUUCUCGUCUGUACGGUGCCAACUUUGACCGUCUUAAGGAGAUCAAGGCUGCGAUUGACCCCGAGGGUCUGUUCGUCAACCACAAGCAGGCAAUUCCUCUUCCUUGA